AUCAACUUGAUGAAUGGGAGGAAAACAAAUUAUUAAGCUUUUUAUAACACCAAUUAAUUUCAUCUGGUUAGUCGAAUGGAUGGAUUUACGGAAGUCUACUUUAUGAUUGAUAAACGAAGGAAAGGCUGGAUUACUAUGCCAGAGCUGCGUAAGUACGUAGAAGACAAUGACGUAGAGGAUACAAUGCUUGAUCGUUGGCAAACUUUAUUCGAUCCAGAAUCUACAGGUCGUAUAACACUGGAGAAAUUCUGUGAUGUAUUAGGCUUACAAAAAGACGUUAUAAAUGAUCGAUACGCUAUUAAAGGAGAUGAGUUACACGAUGUAGCCAUCAUUCAAUCAGAUAUGCCGACUAAAAUGAAACUGACAAUAUGCGGACUUGUCGAUGAAGGGAUAUUAAUUCAUUCUGAUGAUAAUAAAUUAGUUGAAUACUUGAAAAAGCAAUUGGAUAGAUAUUAUGGAAAACUAUGGAAUGUUGUUAUAGUCUACGGUCGAUAUUAUUCACACUAUUGUCAUGAAACUGGUUAUAACUUUUGUUUCAUUAAAGAUGAUCGCGUAUUCCUGGUGUUCAGAAUUCCAGAAGUGAAUCAAUAAACGAAGAAUUAUGACGAAAUGCAACUGCCUCACGCACAAAAUAUUUCAGUAGUAUUUAUGCACACAAAAUAAUAAAAUAAACGUUUACUUUUCUAA